UGGUUUCACCCUAUUACUGGAGGAUAAGAUAAGGAUCUUGGCGAGAUAAGGAAUCCUGCGCGCUCAUGUGUAUGAUGAUAUUGGUAUUGGGAGAGUUGUUGAAUGAACAGAUACUAUAUGGGUACUCUAAAGGAGUAGUCCCCCAUGUCUCAUCGCGGGGUAUUCAAAUGCUGGGACCCCCCACGAUUUCCUUUACGGCGCUCUGUCUCUCCUCACGCAUGGCUGUUGACUGAACAGGUACUAUAUGGGUACUCUAAAGAAGUAGUACCCCAUGUCUCAUCACGGGGUAUCCAAAUGCUAGGACCCCCCCAGGAUUUCCUGUACAGUGUACAAGCAAGCCAGAGCAUCGUACAGGAAAUUGCAGUGGGUCAAAAUGAUGGGACCUCUUUGAAUAGGGGUCAUAUUUUCUUACAUGGGACUACUCCUUUGAGGCUUAGUAGCAGAAGCAAACUAAAGAAGGGACUAGUUUUGAUAGGAAUAAACCGAUGGCUGCUGCUAACUUAAGGUUGAUCUGACAUUAGGUUUAGGUUAUGCUGUCCUAUGUAUCAGCAUUGCAUGUGGACAGGCCUGUUCUCCUAUGAGAUAAGACAAAAUAAUAUAGUGCCAUUUUGAUUAUAGGAGCAUUAAGAGAACACACUGGAAACUGGAUCGUUUAUGAGUUCGGUGAAUAGACUUUUAAUGGAGCAGCAAAAUGCACGUGUGACCACUGCUCCAGUCAAUCUCCUCUGGUAAUUGUGAGAGGAAGAAUAACUUCUGAGGAUCAGUCAAGAAAGGAUAACAUCCUAGUACGCAGCGAUGGCUCUGGUUGAGAUCAUGCGCCUUUGGAGCGAGGGGGUGGCUGCUGCCGAGAAAGACGACUGGAAGGGUGCCCUGAAAUUAUUCACAUCCAUCGCAGAACCCCGAUCCAAGAUCUGCUUUAACAUCGGCUGCUGCCAUCUUGUUUUGGGAGAUUUAUAUGGGGCAGAACAGGCCUUCACGAGCACCAUAGAAAAAGAUAAGCACUUGGCUGUGGGGUAUUUUCAACGUGGCGCUGUCCUCUUCAAGAAGGGCCAGUAUAACCAAGCACUCCAGGACUGGUCCCACUGCUUUACAGAGCUAAGAGGCAACCAACUCAUUGACUACAAGAUCCUGGGUCUGACAUUUAAGCUGUACAGCUGUGAGGUCCUGUACAAUGUUGCACUUGCAAACACAAAAUUGGGUAAUUGGGCAAAAGCAGAAGAAAGCCUCAUCAUAGCCAUCAGUCAGAAGGCAGAGCCGCGACACGGCACUAAGAUAGAGAAGGCAAUGCAGGAUAUCCUGAAACAAAAGGACUUUCCCCCUAUUGUGAUGCCAAAAGGAAGGUUAUUUCAGCCUAGUGAGAGACUUGUGGAGCAACUGGAGAAGAAGGACUACUUGGGUAAAGCAACGGUUGUGGCCUCGGUCAUUGAUAAAGACAAAUUCUCCGGCUUUGCACCUUUGCAACCUCAGGCCAACAACCCACCAGCACGCCCCAAGACCCCUGAGAUACUGAAGACCCUCCAGGGACUGCCUCACAGAGUGCUAUUUGAAUUUACCCCAGAGACUGUAGAAGAGCUGGAGGUCAUGCCUGGAAAUAUUGUGUUUGUGCUCAAGAAGGGGGACGAUAAUUGGGCAACUGUUCUGUUCAAUGGAAAGAAAGGGAUUGUACCAUGCAAUUAUCUGGAGCCUGUUGAAUUGCGCUUCCAAAACCAAAACCAGGCAGGUGAAUCAGUAGAAGAGGAAGCAGCAAAAAAAGCUAAAACUCCAGAAGCGGACAUUCCAGCACCCCCCGCUUCUGCCGCCCCGACAAAUGUACAAGACAAACCAGAAAAAUCCAUCACAAAAGAAAAAUCACCAAUUUGCCCAAAGGAAUCCACAGCAGUGGCCUCACCAUCGUACAUUGUUAAAGUUUAUUACAAAUACACAAUAGCAAUACAAGUUUCGCAAAAGCUUUCAUAUGACGACCUCCUGAUACUAAUCAGCAGUAAGCUGAAGGUGACUCCCUGUGCCAUCAAACUUCACUUUAUAGAUGGUGACAGAGAAGUACAGCUAACCAAGGACAAUGUGGAGCGAGCAUGGGCACAGAUUACUGACAACAGCCUGAGACUCAAGUGCACAGACGUGGAAAUGGAAGAGCACCUGGAAAAUGCUGAGGUCGGCGGCCUAGAUCACCUAUCCUUAGAAGAUAAAGCUGGGAGCACUGUGAAAGCUUUGUUUGAUUAUGAGGCUUCACAGCUGGAAGACCUGUCAUUCAAAAGAGGAGACAUUAUUAAGGUUCUCAAUAAAGUGUCGGAGGAAUGGUGGGAAGGAGAAUGUCAUGACAAAGUGGGCAUCUUUCCAUCUGCAUUUGUACAGUCAAUGCCCAGCGCGUGAAACUGCAAACAAUACAUCCGUGUAAGGACUAGAGCACAGUCUAUACAUCCUGCUCUUCAACAAAGUCUCAUUUCAGAAAAGAAAGAAAAAAAAAAAAUAAUAAUUAAAUAAAUAAAAAGUUCUUUACUACUUGAAUAAAAUGUCUGUAAGUCUUAUAUGUACUCG